AGAUAUGGAGAAGUUUUAGUCUUGUAGUGUAAGUGUAUUGUAUUUUCGUUGUCUUUUUUCCUCUUGUUUGUACUAUCCCUUGAGCACCUUGCUUAAGGUUUUUUAUACACCGCCUUUUUCAAAAAAAAAAAAAAAAAAAAAACUUUACUUUCAUUCCAGAUCAUCGCAUUUCCAUAAGUCCUCCAGUCCACUGCAAUCAUCGAUCUCCCACCACAUCUCCGAUCCUAAAACCGUCUCACCUCCGUCGACCUCCAGUCCACUGCAACCGUCCCACCUCCAGUCCAACCACCACCGCUUCUACGCUUUAAUCGCAGCCUAAAUCGCAUGUUUCAGUUGAAGCAUCAUGAUCUAGGGUAAAACCCAACCUGCAAUCCCAUCCUCAUCUCAAGCCCUUGUGUUUCUUACCAAAGAUCAUACAACUUCUCAGUUUAAUCACCCUCUUGCUUCAUUAAAAGAAACCAGAGGAUGGCAAGCAGCAGCAGCAUGUGUAAUAUCAUACACAAUCAUGAUUUCUCUAAUGGCAUGCAUUCAUGGCACACAAACUGCUGUGACGGCACUGUUGUUUCCACAGACGCAUGCAAUCGUUACGCCCUCAUUUCAAAUAGGAAGGAAUGUUGGCAAGGCUUGGAACAAGAUAUCACCACCAGAGUUUCCUCGGGUAUAACUUACACCCUCUGUGCCCGUGUUGGAGUUUCCGGGACCCAUCAUGCUCAUGUCAUUGCCACACUUAAACUUGAAUACCAUGGAUCAGAAACUAAGUAUAUGUUCAUCACAAGGACCUCUGUUUCAAAGGGUAGGUGGGAGAAUUUGGAGGGUACAUUUGUUUUAUCAGAUAAGCCUGACCCUGACCGAGUUGUGUUUUAUUUGGAGGGGCCUGAUCCUGGUGUAAAUCUACUUGUACAACAUGUGCUAGUUUCUUCUGAUAGUACCAAUUCAACCGGGAGAUAUGGCAAAGAUGAAAACAUCAUACUGAACCCCAACUUGGAGGAGGGUGUUAAUAAGUGGUCUGGAAGAGGGUGCCAGAUCGGUGUUCAUCGGUCUAUGCGAGAUGGAAAAAUCCUACCCAGGUCCGGAAACUUUUUUGCAUCCACAACGCAACGUGCGCACACAUGGAAUGGGAUUCAACAAGAUAUUACAACAAGAGUUGAGCGAAAGCUUGCUUACAAUGUUAUUGCAACAGUCAGAAUCGUUGGUAAUAAUAGUUGUGAUGCUGCUGAAAUUAGAGCUACCAUGUGGGUUAAGACCUCAGAUUCCCGUGAACAAUACAUAGGCAUCGCCAGCACACACGCAACCGACAAGGAGUGGGUAGAGUUGCAAGGGACGUUUGUUUUAAAUGGUUACCCGUCAAAGGUAGUCGUAUAUUUAGAAGGUCCACCUCCUGGUAUUGAUAUUCUUCUUGAUGGUUUUGUGGUUAAGCGUGCAAACAGAAUUCCUCCUUCGCCUAGACCACUUUUUCAGAAUGCAGAUUUCGGGGUUAAUAUAAUUGCAAACAGCGAUCUACGUAGCGGAACAAAAGGAUGGUUUCCCCUUGGUAAUUGUAAGCUGAGUGUUGCACCCCCAUCAGCAGCAGGUAGAAACACCCUGGGCUCCCAAAGUGGUCAUCACUCUAUUCAUGCCACCCAUCGCACACACACCUGGAUGGGUCCUGCACAGCUCAUUACAGACAAAGUCAAGCUCUUUCUCACAUACCAAGUAUCUGCUUGGGUUAGACUGGUUCCAGGAGCCACCGGUUCCCCUCAGAAUGUAAACGUGGCUCUUGGAGUGGACGACCAGUGGGUGAAUGCUGGACAAGUUGAGGUCAAUGAUGACAGGUGGCAUGAAAUCUGUGGGUCCUUUAGGAUUGAGAAACCUGCAGGUAAAGUGAUGGUCUACGUUCAAGGUCCUGCUCCAGAAAUCAGUUUUAUGGUUGCCAGAUUUCAAAUCUUUGCUGUUGAUCGCCAGGCAAGAUUCAGGCAAUUAAAGCAUCAAACUGACAAGAUUCGUAAACGUGGCAUCACUCUGAAAUUCACAACCUCCGACUCGAGAAGCAUGCAUGGAGCGACGGUGAAAAUCCAACAACUACACAACAGUUUCCCAAUUGGGUCCUGCAUUAGCCGAACAAAUAUUGACAAUGAAGAUUUUGUUGCCUUUUUCUUGAAACAUUUCAACUGGGCUGUGUUUGGAAACGAGCUCAAGUGGUACUGGACGGAAUCACAGCGUGGCAACUUUAACUACAGAGACGCGGAUGAGCUUCUCAAGUUUUGUGAGGAUAACAACAUCGGUGUUCGUGGGCAUUGCAUCUUUUGGGAGGUUGAAGAUACAGUUCAAAACUGGGUGAAGAGCCUUGGCAGAGAUGAUUUAGCUGUGGCUGUACAAAACCGUUUGAAGGGCCUUGUUAAGCGAUACAAAGGCAAGAUGAAGCACUAUGAUGUAAACAAUGAGAUGCUUCACGGGUCUUUUUACCAAGACCGGUUGGGUGAAGACAUUAGAGCCAAAAUGUUCAAAGAAGCAAAGCGGUUAGACCCGUCAGCCGUUUUGUUCGUGAACGACUAUCAUGUUGAAGACGGAUGUGAUACAAGAUCAUCCCCAGAGAAAUACAUUGACCAAAUUGUUCAUCUUGAAGAACAAGGGGCACCUGUUGGAGGGAUUGGUAUUCAAGGGCAUAUAGAUAGUCCGGUGGGUUCCAUUGUGUGUUGUGCUCUGGACAAACUGGGGAAGACUGGGCUUCCAAUCUGGUUCACAGAGCUUGAUGUUUGUUCAAUGAACGAGCAUGUGCGGGCGGAUGAUUUGGAAGUGAUGAUGCGAGAGGCUUUUGCUCAUCCUGCGGUUGAAGGCAUAAUGCUUUGGGGAUUUUGGGAGUCGUUUAUGAGCAGAGAGAAGUGUCAUCUUGUGGAUGCAGAAGGGCAGGUGAAUGAAGCUGGGAAGAGGUUCAUUGAACUGAAGAAGGAAUGGUUGUCUGAUGGUGAUGGGUAUAUUAAUGAGCAAAGUGAGUUUUCAUUUAGAGGAUUUGAAGGGACAUACCAAGUGAUUAUUCAAAACAAGAUUGUCAAGACAUUCGUUGUUCAACAGCAGCAGCAGCAGCAGGUGGUGGUGGUGGUGUACGUUGAUUGAUUGAUUCAACGGGUGUAGAGAUGAUGUUAUAAUAAUAUGAUGAAAUGGUUAUGUACAAACAAAUCCUCCAAGUGGGUUUGUUACUUUAGAAUGAAACUCAAACCAAUAGGGAGGAUAUGUAGAGCUUUUACUUAUGUUUCAGUCAGAUUGUUUGAAUCUUCUUUAGCAAAUAAAUAGGGUUUCAAUCGAACCAUGGCAGUAGUUGCUGAUGGUUCCCAAA